CAUUUGUAUUCCUAUUGGUCUUUCGAGUUUGCAACGCUCAAGACCUUGUUUUUAUUAGUAAACAUUAGUUUCAUUUUUUUUUCUGUAGAUAUUAAGACUACGCAGAGCAGCCAUGGGAUGUGACGGGGGCACUAUUCCUAAACGGCAUGAGCUUGUUAAAGGACCAAAGAAAGUAGAAAAGGUGGACAAAAAUGCAGAACUAAUAGCUCGUUGGUACUACUGUACUCUCAGCCAAGAAAAACUCAGGAAGCCAGUUGUUGCAUGUGAGCUUGGCAGACUGUACAAUAAAGAUGCAGUUAUUGAAUAUCUACUGGACAAAUCAUCCGAUAAGCCCAUAGUGGAAGCUGCUUCACACAUCAGGAGUAUCAAGGAUGUGAAAGAACUGAAUCUGUCUGAUAAUCCAGCUUGGAAGGGUGACAAAGGUGAUACAAAAGGUGACCGUUAUGAUGAUCUCCAUUACACUCGUUUUAUUUGCCCUGUUGUUGGGGUAGAAAUGAAUGGAAGGCACAAGUUUUGUUUCUUGUAUAGUUGUGGUUGUGUGUUCUCAGAGCGUGCCCUGAAGGAAGUUAAAACUGAUACCUGCCACAAGUGUGGAGUUCCAUUUCAAGAAGAUGACAUUAUUACUUUAAAUGGAAAUAAAGAGGAAGUAGAAGAGCUGUGGAAAAGAAUGGAAGAAAGAAAACUUAAAGCAAAACUGGCAAAGGUACUGAAGUACUUUGUAUUUUGUAGAAAUUUCUAG